AUGGAAGGGAACAACGACGGGGUCGGUGAAACCAGCACCAUCGCGUUGUUCGUUAUGAAGACAUAUCAGAUGGUCAAUGACCCACCGAUGGACAACCUCAUCUCCUGGGGGGAAGCCAACAACAGCUUCCUCGUCGUCGACCCUCUCGAUUUCUCCCAACGAAUCCUCCCCGCUUACUUCAAGCACAACAACUCCAGCUUCGUCUGCCAGCUCAACACCUACGUACGUGAAUCACAAACCAUCUAA